CCGUUUGUUUAUCUAACUACCUCAAAAUCAUAAGGYUUCCUGGUGAAACUAAGGAGAGAUGCACAGGAGGAGAAUGAAGGGACUUCAGUUGUUCGUUUUCAGUGCAGUUCUGGUAACUGUUCAUGCCCUCACUGUGGAAACACCAGUCAAGAAAGUAGAGGUGGCACGAGGGAAAAAUGCUACUCUUCCUUGCAAUUUUAACACUGGGGCUGAGAUCACUGCUGGGGACUUCGUUGUCUGGAGGAAAAUCAACAGAGUGGAUGAUGUUGCCACUAGGUAUUUUGAUGGCCUUAUACAGUAUGGCAAGGGCUAUGAGAAUCGUAUACAGUUUCCUGGUGAAGUAACGAAAGGAGACAUCAGCAUCAUCCUCAAUGAAGCGGUCAUGGAAGACAAUGGUACCUUCGCUUGCAAUGUUCGUCUCCGGAAUGAUCCUCCCAGGCAGACUGCAUUCAUGGAUCUUUUAGUCCUUGUUGCACCAUCCAAGCCAGAAUGCAAGAUUGUGGGGACAGCAGAAUAUGGGCAAACAAUCAAUCUGACCUGUGUUUCCCAUGAAGGGUCUCCAACACCCACGUAUGCCUGGCAAAGCUAUGAUGUACAAAAUCAGCUACGUGCACUGCAAACACCAGGAGCAACAGGAGAACAGCUGACUCUGAAGAACGUCUCGGCAGAUACCUCUGGUUUCUACAUCUGCACUUCGAGCAACAGAGUAGGCCAGGAGUCCUGCAACAUUACGCUCAGCGUUAUGCCACCAUCCAUGAACAUUGCCCUGUAUGCUGGCAUCAUUGGAGGGGUUGUUGCCGCAAUUGUAGUUAUUGGUAUUUUAUCCUACUGCUGCUGCUGUCGGGAACGCAAGGACAAGGACUACGAGAUGACGGAGAGAGAAGAUAGAAAUGAACCCCCCCAGGUGAUGCCUUCAAAGAGUCAGCAACCAGAUGAUGAUUUUGAAGAUGAAGAAAGAAGUAGGAGGCUAACACCAUCCUCAGAACCUGCUGAAGCAUAGACAUCAUGCUAGAAAUAACAUCAAAUCCUGCUCUCAAUGUAAGAAGUAGUUGGGGGUUUUGGUUUGUUUGUUUUCCCCCUAGAAUAAACAAGUCAAAGCUAACAGCUCUGACUUCAGGUUUCCAGGACAGAAUGUCUUUGUCUCCCUGGGGAAACAACAACAAAAAAGUACUUAAUAUGCAGUACGGACUAACAUAACCUCACAGC